AUGAACUGUGGCACUCCUCACAUCGGUGAGUGGUCGUCUGAAUCGCGAAGCCUACCCCAAGCGGGCCUUCCUCAGGGGUCGCCAUUGUCUCCGAUACUGUUCCUCUUCUUCAACGCAGAUCUAGUGCAGAGACGCAUUGACAGCAACGGAGGAGCGAUGGCCUUUGUCGACGACUUUACAGCUUGGGUCACGGGGAAGACGGCUCAAGAUAACCGCAAAGGCAUCGAAUCGAUCAUACGAGACGCCAUCGAUUGGGAAAGGAGGAGCGGCGCGACGUUCGAGGCCGAGAAGACGGCCAUCAUCCACUUUACCCGCAAUAACCACAAGUCUGACCCGGAACCGUACAUCAUCAAAGGACGACCCGUUCAACCGAAGAAUCACACCAAGAUCCUGGGGGUCAUCAUCGACACUCGACUUAAGUACAAGGAGCACAUAGCGAGGGCAUCGUCAAAGGGCCUCAAAGCAGCUCUCGAACUACAGCGACUUAGGGGCCUGUCGCCGGCAACAGCGCGACAGCUGUUUACAGCAACAGUCGCACCGGUAGUGGACUACGCUUCGAACGUGUGGAUGCACCGGUACAAGGACAAACUCAUGGGACCGAUCAACAGAGUACAGAGGGUAUCGGCCAAGGCGAUCGUCGGCACGUUUCUCACCGUUGCGGCGAGUGUAGCAGAAGCCGAGGCCCACAUACCCACGGCGAAAGAGCGCUUCUGGAGGAAAGCAGUCAAGAUGUGGACGGACAUCCACACGCUACCGGAGACGAAUCCCCUCCGUAGGAUGACGUCCAAGAUGCGGAAGUUCCGGAAUGCCCACCGCUCGCCGCUCUUUCAAGUGGCCGAGGCUCUGAAGGACAUACCGAUGGAAAGGAUCGAAACCGUCAACGCGCUUACGCUGCUACCAUGGGAAGACAGACUUCAAGUCAAAAUCGGCGAGGAAGAGACAACAGUGCUCGAGACAACGGUUCUCGAGACAACCAGCACGGUUCGUGUGGCGGUCAGCAGCUCAGUGAGAGGGGGCAUGGUAGGUAUCGGCGGUGCCGUUCAGAAACGGCCGGGGUUGCAAGCCGACCCCGAACCUGAGCAUUUCUCCUUCACAUUAGGCUUA